AUGCUACGCGAAGACGAAGCAAGGGCCGGCCCACUAGAGCCAAUGUCGCACGCCCGGGCAUCUGCUGUCAUCCUGAAUAUGGACGAUUUUACAAAGGAAGAGGAUUAUCAAGCGGCCGCUCGAUAUUGGAAAAGUGUGGCCGAUCGGCUAAAGGCGGCCAACUUCCCGAUCUUCGCAACCCCAGAAACGACGGCCACUUUUCCGGCCGAGACCCAGGAGCUGGCCACGCAACUCGCCAACUUCUGCACCGAGCUCCUUGGCACUGCCAAUGACGGGAUACUCGAGCAAAGCUCCACCUACUACCGCCUGCUCGCCCUCUUUGCCCAGGGCGACGACACGAAGGUGUUCAAGGAAAAGAUGCGCUUCUACAACUACCUGGAGCGCUGCAACAGCAUCUGGGAAAACGAGUCGGUCGCCUAUCGUUGCAACACGUGCGCAAAAACGCCCUGCAUGUCAUUGUGCGCCGACUGCUUUCUCGACGGUGACAAGCACGCCGGCCAUGAUUUUACAAGAUUUACGUCGCGAGAAGGAGGCGCCUGUGAUUGCGGCAACGCCGACGUGCUCAACGAGGAGGGCUUCUGCCCCCACCACGGUCCAAAUGCUGAGCGGCCACCACCGGCACCGCGUGACAUCGUCUCACUCCCAGAAUUCAUGAUCCCCCGGCUUUUCCUCAGAUUUUUCGUGAUGUCGAGAGGGAUGAUGUCGGAUUUGAAGAAUAAGGUCGGUACGAACCCCGAGCUCAGUGGCAUGGAGCAACUCCUCUAUAUGGCCGAUGUACGGACGAAGAAGGUCGCAAAACUCGUCGAAUUCCUUCAGGAAUGCGUAAAAAUCGGCGGCCCGCUGCGCGAGAUCAUCUCUGCGAUGCUGAUCGACGAGACUGUCUACGCGGAGAUGAAGCGCGAGAUUAAAGGCCCCGGCGAGCUGAGCCUCUGGGAGUCGGCAGAUCUGCUCGGCGAAGAUGUGGAGGGGCUCUGUGACAUCGCGCCCAUGAAGCAACAUUUCGAUUUGUGGGGCGACAUGCUUGUCUUCGACUGCAUGCUGGAUGAGCUGCUGUUCUGGAUAGCGCGGCUCACAUUCCCGCAGCAGCUGAUCAACCUUUCCCUCGGCCUCUUCUCACACCACGAGUAUGCGCACCGUUAUGCCGUCCGCUUCUUCAAGCUCUACCCGGCGGUGGUGGACAUUGUGCGCCGGCUGAGCGAGGCGCUGCACGCGUUCAGCAUGAUGAACCGCGAGAAGUACAGCGUCAACCAGAUCGGCUGCAGGAUUAUCCACGUCUCCGUGCAGAUGCUCUCCUCCGAGCAGACGUGCCUGGCGCUCGACACGGAGAUGGGACUCCUGCAGAUGAUCUUCGACUCGUUGCAGUAUCUCUUCAAGGACAUGCUCCACGACAGCGACAUGACGCUCGCCCCGCUCUUCCGGCACAUGACCAACCAAGACGAGGUCGCCCAGGCAAUCCACACCACAUGGCCGCUGGUGCGCUGCAAGGGCAAUCGAAUUCUGCACGCGAAUGGGUAUUGGUUCGUGAUGGGCGACCUGCACAAUCUGCUCAGCCACCCGCAUGUCGUCGAGCGCAUCUUCUCACAGUGCGACACUCUGGGCGCCGGCUACCUCAGCUCUCUGCGGUGGUUGCAAGGCAUCAACCACACGUACCGGAUCAUCGGCGGCGAGCACCAGCCGUGGGACGACACGUUCGUGAUGAACCACGGGUUCACGCUCGAGUACGAGCUGUCCGCCACCUGUAUGUACAACUCGGUGCAGGGCCUGUUCGAGCUCAGACAGGGCGACGUGGCACGCCGCUUCGUCGAGACGUUCCGCGGCGUGUUGGAGGAGUGGUUCGAGGCUCUGAUUUGCCCGCGCACCCCGCCGAUGUCGUGCCACCCAUUUUCUGUUUCGUUCCAUCUGCCGCUGCAUCGUCAUCUUUCUUGUGCGCUCACGCAGCUCAAGCAUUUGCCGGGAAUGGGCUUCCACGACAACCCGCUCGCCGACGACGUUGACUUUUUGAAGAAAUUAGUGCUGCACCCGAUGCGAAUUCAGGCCAUUCGCACCGAGUACCAGAACAACAUGUGGGUCCGCAACGGCAACUUUAUCCGCCUCAGCCUCGCCCUGUACACCCAGCAGCACAUCUCCAUGUCGAUGCUCCUGCCCGACGUUGAUAUUCUCCGG